AUCCGCCAAUUCAGAUACGUCACUUCUGUCGUUUCUCGCGAAAUAGAUGCAUCCAUCUCUUUCGCUUCUCCUCUUGCCCUUCCUUCCCUUCUCUCUUCGGCGCUCGCUAUUUCUAACACCACCUGCAAUCUCUCCAAGAAGCUCUCAACCUCCACAUCUGUGACGUCUUGGAGAUCGAAUCUCUUGGAAAGAACAGCAAGGAAGCAAGGAUCCACAGACAACCGCAUCAAACCCCUUUUGUUAUAAUUCUUGCACGUAACAAAGGAACGUAGCAGGGACCAGGACCGGGAACAAUCUCACUCAUCAGACUGAAGAUAACGUCAGGUUCAAGCUUAUUGGAAACAACUUUCCGCACAUUCAUCCUUCAAACACACGAUGUCUGACGACGAAGACAGAAGGAACUACUCUGACGAGGAGGGCGAGGAUGUCGGUUAUGACGACAGCGAUCGCGAUGAGGAUGACUCUGAGGAGGAAGAGGACGACGAGGAGGAGAUGAAGAGAAUUAGAGAAGGAUUCAUUGUAGACGACGAUGAAGAGGAUGAAGAGGAUGAAGAGAUCGUCCGCCGAUCAAAGAAAAAGAAGAGAAGAAAGGAGGCCGUCGAGGAGGACCUUGACGAAGAAGAUCUGGACCUAAUGGAAGAGAACACAGGAGUCAAGAUCAGACGUCCAGAAAAAUUCAAACGGCUGAAGAAGCGCAGACAGGAAGAUGACGAUGAGGAUGAGGAAACGCCUGGCACUCGACACGAUGCACUUCAAAAGAUUUUUGAUGACGAGGACGAUGAGGGUAUGGAUGACCGUGGCGGUUAUGACGACGAAAUGGAUCGAUUCAUCGACGACGACGAAGAAGACGAGGACCUCGAUGACGGAAGACGCGAUCGUCGUGAAAAGGCUCCCGCCAAGCCCAGACCAAGGAGGGCGCCUAUCGAUGGCCUGAGUGAAGAUGUUUGGGGUGAAUGGUACGAAGUUUUUGGGGAUGGAGAAAACUACGCAUAUGCUCUCGGCAAGGAGAAUGGAGACGAUAUGUACUAUGAAAAGAAGCCCGAGCCUCGCCUCAAGGACGUUUUCGAACCAGGCGUCUUGGCUGAAAGGAUGAUGACGGACCAGGACGAAAUUAUUCGCGUCAAGGACGUACCUGAACGCAUACAGCUCCGUCCCGGUAUUCAGGCUGACAGAAAGCUGAGUGACGAUGACAUUGAAGAGGAGGCUUAUUGGAUUACGACGCAACUGAACGAGAACAGGAGGGUUGUUGAUCAACCCGCUUUCCAGACAGAGAACGUCAAUAACGUCCUGAAGUUCAUGUCACAGGAGCUCAUGGAGGUACCCUUCAUCGAAACCCACCGUCGAGACUACUUCACCAUGGUCGAUGGUCAGCAGUUGACGGAACUUUUGUCGCGUGAAGAUCUCUGGUAUAUUUAUGACCUGGAUCUCAAGUUCCGUUCAUUCCUGGAGCGUCGAGAGGCCAUCAAGGCGCUCAUGGACCGUAUGGAGAUUCAGGACGACUAUUUGAGCGACUCACUGUUGAAGGCUACAAGACUGGAGGAAUUGACGGAUGUGUCAGACUACAUCAACUUGCGAUUCUCAAAGCAGAUCGACAAGACCAAGGCAUUCAAGAGACCUGGUUCCGGAGGCGCAUACGAUACCACGAAGCGGGUACAGCUCGCUGACUUCAUUAAGGACUUCGGAUUGUCGGCUCGGGAAUUCGGAACCAACCUUAUCGAAGGCAACAAGCGCUUCUUCCCUGAUGAUAUUGGCAUCCUGCCACAGGAAGCUGCUGAGAAGUACAUUGAGCGGGGAUUCCCUUCGACGGACCGAGUUGUCACUAUGGCCAUGAACAUGAUCUCACAUGAGGUAGCCGUCGAUCCUCAAGUCCGGAAAGCGAUUCGCUUAAAGUAUGAGAGUGCUGCCUGUGUUUCCGUUACCCCAACCGAAAAGGGUGCCACCGUCAUUGAUGAGCUGCACCCGUAUUAUCCGUUCAAGCGAUUGGCACAAAAGUACGUUCGCGACUUUCAUGACGGCCAAUAUCUACAGAUUCUUCAAGCCCAGUCUGAGGGUCUGGUCAAGGUUGAGAUCAAGCUGCCGGACGAAACUACAUACCUUCAGAGUGUCUUUGACUACUUCCUGAGCGAUAACUAUUCAGAGAUUUCUCAGAAAUGGAAUGAUCUGCGUCGCAAGAUCCUGACGAGUGCGCUUAAGGACCACGUCUUUGGUCUCAUGGAGCGUGGCCUGAGUGAAAAGCUGAGAUCACAAGCAGAGGAGUGGGUCGCCAAGAAAUGCCAAAUGAGUUUGGAAGAGAAACUAAAUGUUGCGCCAUACGCUCCCCGAGGCGUCACAUACGACCGCGACUAUGCUCCCAGAGUUGUCGCGAUUUCACACGGAGCAGGAACGAACAAGGAUGCUAUUCAGGUGGCCUUCCUAGACGACAAGGGCAAGUUUGCCGAUCAUCUGAAGCUAGAUAGUCUGCGCGAGACAAAGGCACAGAAGGAACUAGUGGACUUUUUGGACAACCGUCGUCCGGACGUCGUUGUUGUCGGUGGCUUUACGGUUAUGACGAGGCGGUUGCUAGAGCAAGUCGAGAAGGUUGUUAAUGACCUCCGCGACUUGAGAGGGGAUGAUGUUUCAGUGAUCAUGACCAACGAUGAGGUGGCGCGACUCUAUCAAAACUCCAAGAGGGGUAUGGAAGAGUUCCCCGAGGCGAAUCCCCUUACGCGCUACUGCAUUAGCUUGGCCCGGCUUGUACAGAACCCAAUGAACGAGUACGCAGCUCUUGGAAAAGACCUGAUCAACAUCCGCCAACAUCCCCUGCAACACCUUGUGGGCGGGGAUCGCCUUCGAGAACUAUUGGAUCGUGCAUUGAUCAACAUUAUCAACGCUGUUGGUAUCGACUUCAACGCCGUCGUCGACUCGCCCUACAAGGCCUACAUGCUCCAAUACAUCUGUGGUCUCGGCCCUCGCAAAGCACAGAGUCUGAUCAAGAGUAUUGAGGCCGAUCAGCACAAUGGCAGCCUAGACAAGCGCGGAGAUCUUGUUUUCCGCAAACUCCUGACAUGGAACAUCUUCAUGAACUGUUGUUCUUUUCUCCGUGUGCACACCAACUAUGGCGGAGAUGUUUUGGACGAGACGCGUAUUCACUCUGAGGACUACAACCUAGCCCGCAAGAUGGCAGCCGACGCUCUGGAGAUCGACGAAGAGGGUCUGGAGGAAUACGAGAACGCAUCCCAACAUGUCGAGGAAUUGAUGAGGGACGAUGGCGCUGAAAAACUGAACGAGCUUUUGUUGGAGGACUAUGCACAUCAGCUCGAGGUGAUCCAGCACAAGCCCAAACGCAUGACUCUGGAGACCAUUAAGGUUGAGCUGCAGCAUCCAUUCCGCGACCCCCGUCGGCCAUUCGAACGUGCUACACCUGACCAAAUCUUCACGAUGUUGACAGGAGAAACAGAUCAGACGCUCAAGGAGGGCUUCAUUGUCCCCGCACUGGUGAGUAGGAUCCGAGACAGAAACGCCAUGUGUCGCCUGGAUUGCGGUAUCGAUGGCAUCCUGGCCAUCAUGAACAUAUCCGAUUCCAAGAUUGGCUCCAUAUCUGAUGCCCUAUCUGAGGGCCAGACUCUGCAAGUCAAAAUUCUGCGUUUGGACAAGGAAAAGUUCUUUGCGGAUUUGUCUUGUAAGGAGAGCGAGCUCCGACAUGGCGAUACUAAGCUCCGUAUGUUGCCCAAGGACAGGAUGUUUGAUCAGUUUGAGGAGGAAAAGGCCAUGAACCAGAUCAAGACAAGUGUCAAGAAGAGCAAUUUUUUGCCGCGCAAGAUUACACAUCCUUUGUUCAAGAACGUAAAUGCAGAGGAGGCAGUCCAGUACUUGUCGGACAAGAGCCGAGGCGAGCUUGUCAUUAGGCCUUCGAACCGUGGGGUCGACCAUUUGUCAGUGACAGUCAAGCUGGCAGAUGAUCUCUACAAGCAUUUCGAUAUUCUGGAAAUGGACAAAAAGGACGAUGUCAGCCUAGGCAAGACCCUCAAGAUUGACAAUUCAAAGUACAGCGAUCUGGACGAACUUUUGGUAUCUCACAUUGAGGCGAUCCUGAGCAAGACGGAGUCGCUUAUGGCUAAUCCCAAGUACAAGGAAAACGCUGCUGAACUCAGGCAAUCAUUAGACACGCAAACAAAGGCAAAACCAGGAGCAGCCGUCUACGGAUUCACAUUGGACCGGAAGUACCCAGGCUACUUCUCGCUCGUUUUCAAGAUUGGUGCUAGCCGUCCCAUCGAGGAGUGGAGUAUCAAGGUCUUCCCUGAGCACUACGUUUUGAAGGGCCCUAGCAAAAAAGAAUGCCCGGAUGUUGUCUCGCUCUGCAACAGCUUCAAGGAAAUGAUGAUGCAGCGGAGUCGACCCAAGCCCGCUGCUGCCUCUGCGGCUCCUGCAACAUCAUCUACACCAAGCAACCGCCCACAUUACAACAGUUAUAAUGGCAGCAGUAGCGGAUACGGAAAUCCACAUCACACACCCUCGCAUCCAAGCGCAUAUCAUCACCAUUACCAGCCUCAUCCUUCACACCAACCCGUGGUCGCUCACCAUACCGCGAUGCCUCCAAUGCAGCAGCCUCUCCACCCUUCUUCUUCCUCAGCGGCAGGACCAUGGGGCUCAACGCCUUGGGGUGGUGCUCCUUGGACAGGCGCAGCAGGGAGUGGACAUAUGGGCCCUCCUGGACAUAUGACAGGGCCUCACCAUGGAUACGGAGGUGCGCAUGGCGAUGCAAGGCACAACGGGCCACCAGGCACACACGACACAUAUGGAUCAAGGUCGUCGCGUGCGCCCCCAACGCCCCGUCGGUUCAUGCCACCGCCAGGACAACAGCCGCAGCAGCCUUAUUAUUAGACGAGGAUGUCGUAGGGAGAUUGAGAGCAUCGUCUUUUUUUCACUGUUUUCGCUGUGUCUUAUUCAAGUAAUAAACGU